CGUCCAUAGGCAGCCUGGAUCGGACCAUAUAAAUCUGAGAGGAGGGAGGGGGCCGGAGAGCCUGGUCUUCCCAGCUGAUGGCACCAAACUGAGCAGGAGGAAGCCAGUGGCAGUGGGGCCAGCAGUGUUUUGCCUUCACCCCAAAUGACCAUGAGAGGUGCCACACGAGUCUCACUCAUGCUCCUCCUGGUGACUGUGUCCGACUGUGCCGUGAUCACGGGGGCCUGCGAGCGGGACGUCCAGUGCGGGCCGGGCACCUGCUGCGCCGUCAGCCUGUGGCUGCGUGGGCUGCGGAUGUGCACGCCGCUGGGGCGGGAAGGAGACGACUGCCACCCCGGCAGCCACAAGAUCCCCUUCUUCAGAAAACGCCAGCACCACACCUGUCCCUGCCUGCCCAACCUGCUGUGCGCCAGGGGCCCGGACGGCAGGUACCGCUGCUCCACCGACUUGAAGGGCAUCAACUUUUAGGAGCUUGUCUGGUCUCAGGAUACCCGCUGACCUCUUCCUGAGCACAGCUUGGGGAAGCCUCUUAUGGACUUUUAUUUCUGCCACGUGGCCCAGCUUCCCCUCCCACCCCCGCCCCCCGCUGCCCUCUCCCUGCUCCUCACACUGCCCACCUCAGUCCCUCCUUCCUAGCGCACAUGUGCACGUGUGCAGACACAUACCACCGGUGACACGGUCCGCCAGGCCGGCCUGAAGCUGAAGGUGUCCAGCUGGUGGCUGUGGUCCUGGAGGUAGCCUGACUGGCCCUCUCCGCUGCCCAGGCCACCUGAGGGGUGGAAAGAACAGGAAGGGGAGUCUUUUCCCUGGUCCCUGCGUCGCCCACCCUCCCUCUCCUCAGAGGUGACCUGUCUUCCCCGGACCCCCCCGCUUCCCUGCAUGUGCUUCUCUGCCUGAACUGGACGUUCCGACACAGGUCCUGGCCGGAGCCUCGGCCCUUUUCGUGAGGCCCAUGAGGGUCAACCUGUGAGGUGCUCCUCUUCCUUGGCCGACUAGCUCCUUGUUUGUAGGCCCCAGGCCCCAGGUCAGACCUUCCCAGAGCACAGUGGACAGUGACCUGGGGGCAGGUGUGGGGAGCCAGGGAAGUCAGUGGGCCUCCAGCGCCCGGUCCUGACCAGCCUGUGGCUGCCCACCAGGUCGGAAUUGCAAUGGCCCCAAGGCCCCUCCUAACACUUUACCAGUUAACCUGGGAAGCCCCCGAUUCCCACAGCCUCCCCAUUAAAAUGCAAAUAGUGGCAGUCAAUCUAAUCAGUAUUGACAUUUUAGGAGGCAAUUAGGGAGUUACCUUAAACAGCUCCUUUCCCGGGAUCAGGCCCUGAGAGCAGAUCCUUGACUUUGAGGAGGACUGGCCUCUGCCCAGCUCCGGGAGGGGGUGCGAUUUCCAUCACAGGAAGGCAGCUACCACCCAGAGGUCACAGCCGGGCUGCACAGGCCCCACAGCCAGCCAGCGCCUUCCCAAGGGAGCAAGGGCUUCCUCAAGUUCACUAGUUUCUCUGGGGUUGUGUCACUGGCCUCCAUCCUUGUUCAAAACACUGGCCCAGCCCAUUCAGCACCUCACACCUGGACGCGGCCCGAGGCGCACCCGGGACCGCGUGGUGAGCCAGAAGCUGUGCACACCGACCUG